AUGCCGGCAAUAUUGAGGGAGUCGUUGCGCACGAAUAUCGUUGCUAGGCAGCCCUACAAGAAGGCUCUGCUCAUCGGUAUCCAGUAUACAGAACAGUUUGGAUUGCUGGAGAGCUCCCACAAAGAUGUUCGUGACCUCGGGAAAUUCCUGAUACAGCGUUGCAACUACCGCCCGUAUGACGUCGUUAUCAUGACCGACGAUCCUCGAGAGCCUGCAUCCCUGCAGCCCACAGAGGAAAACAUUCUCCUCAAGAUGUUUGAAUUGACAGAAGGGGCUCAAGCAGGAGAUCAUUUCUUGUUUCAUUUCUCCGGUCAUGCCGAUCAACAGGAAUGUCAAAGCCAGGACUCCGAGGAAGAGGACGGAAUGGAUGAAUGUAUAAUCACCAGCGACGAGCGUUUCAUACGCGAUAACGACUUGAGAAGGGCUCUUGUGGAAGCCCUUCCUGUCGGCAGCACACUCGUCGCUAUAUUUGACUGCUGCCACUCCGGUACGCUACUGGACUUGGAACAUUACAAGUGCAAUACACCUCACGAGUGGUCCCACCACGAACACGAGCAUGCCCGCGGUAAACGGAAGCACCCAGACCGCCGCAACGCCGCCCCCACCCGGCGGGGAAGAAUCUACCACAAGCGCCGCCUCGACAUGGGCGAAGUGUGCGUCAAUGCGGGCGAGUUCGACAAAGUCAUCCCGAAACCCGGCGCGCGCUACAGCCGCGUGGUCGUGAAGACCCGCUCGUCGUCCAUCGCGUCGCAGUACCACACGCCGCUGUCACCAAGGAGCGCCGUGGACGCGAUGUCGUGGUCGGGGAUAUGGGAGCGCCUGCAGCUCGCGGCCGCGCCGCGGUGCGCGUCGCCGGAGAAUAUGCAGCGGACGCGUAGUCAUGAUUCGGAGGAGUGCGUGGAUAGUCCUACGGAACGGCCCAACGUUAUUUCUCUGGCGCCGGUUCCUGACGACCACGUCGUCUACGAGAGCGACAAGGGGGGUUUCCUGACUAGGGCGUUGAUCGAAUUUUUGGGAGCGAGGGAGGAAGCGCCCACGUUCCGAGAGUUGAUGACGCACCUCGAGCAUGGUCUUAAGACCAUAACGGACAAGGUGGCAGAGGAGAAGCGCCAGCGAGGGAACGCCGAUAUCCCCGAGGAAGGCGAACCGACGCCUGAUACCAGCAUGUCGGGCUCGGACCCGUCACCUGGGUCGCCGCGGUUGGGAUUCGAGUAUCCACAGCUUGGCAGCUGCAAGAGACUUAACCUAGACGAUGUCUUCACUCUAUAGCAUCCAUUCCUAUUUCUACUACUCCCGCGUGGAUUCAUAACGCAUUGUUACUGCUUAAGGAUAAGACCUCUUUAUUCCCGGACAUUUGACAUUUCGAUUCUCAUAUAGCCCUAGUUGCAUAUCCUUAAAGUUAUAUCCACUAUGGACUGCUGGUAUUGUAUAUCCGAAACGUGCUCUUCGUUGUAUUGCUGUUUACAAGUUUCAGGCCUGGGGCCUCGUAAUGGUGCUGCAUAUACGAGUUGUACAUAUAUACAUAUCGCGCGUUUCCCUAUGCGCUUAUACAUGUCUAAUUGCAUUC